UUCCCCACCUCCUCCGUCAGGCGGGUGGCUGCGGGGGCCUGAGGGGCGGCGGCGGCGGCAGCGAUAUGGAGCCGGGGGCCGGCGGCCGAAGCGCUGCUCGCGGGCACGGGGCCAGGCCCCCGAGCAUUCCGCCGCCCAGGGAGCAGGAGCGGAAGCUGGAGCAGGAGAAGCUCUCCGGGGUGGUAAAGAGCGUCCACCGGCGGCUCCGCAAGAAGUACCGGGAAGUGGGAGAUUUUGAUAAGAUCUGGCGAGAACAUUGUGAGGAUGAGGAAACACUUUGUGAAUAUGCUGUUGCAAUGAAAAAUUUGGCAGAUAAUCAUUGGGCAAAAACUUGUGAGGGCGAAGGUCGUAUUGAAUGGUGUUGUAGUGUAUGCAGAGAAUAUUUCCAAAAUGGUGGGAAGAGAAAAGCACUUGAAAAAGAUGAAAAAAGAGCUGUACUCGCCACUAAGACCACUCCAGCCUUAAAUACGCAUGAAUCUUCUAAACUUGAAGGUCAUUUAACCAACCUCAGCUUUACAAACCCUGAAUUUAUAACUGAGUUGCUACAAACCUCAGGAAAGAUCAGAUUACUUGAUGUUGGCAGCUGCUUUAACCCAUUUCUGAAGUUUGAAGAAUUUCUAACUGUUGGCAUAGACAUCGUACCUGCUGUAGAGAGUGUGUAUAAAUGUGACUUCCUGAAUUUGCAGCUUCAGCAACCACUCCAGCUUGCACAGGAUGCUAUAGAUGCCUUUUUGAAGCAGCUAAAAAACCCUAUUGAUUCUCUUCCUGGAGAACUUUUCCAUGUGGUUGUUUUCUCUCUCCUUCUUUCCUAUUUUCCAUCACCUUACCAGCGAUGGAUUUGCUGCAAGAAAGCCCAUGAACUGUUAGUGUUAAAUGGUUUAUUGCUUAUCAUCACACCUGAUUCCUCCCAUCAGAACCGUCACGCUAUGAUGAUGAAAAGCUGGAAGAUUGCUAUAGAGUCCCUGGGCUUUAAACGUUUCAAGUAUUCAAAAUUUUCACAUAUGCAUCUGAUGGCAUUUAGAAAAACCUCCCUAAAAACCACAAGUGACUUGGUUAGUAGGAACUACCCAGGGAUGUUAUAUAUUCCUCAAGAUUUCAACAGUAUAGAAGAUGAGGAAUAUUCUAAUCCUUCCUGCUACGUUCGAUCAGAUAUAGAAGAUGAACAGCUAGCAUAUGGUUUCACAGAGCUCCCUGAUGCUCCAUACGACUCAGAUUCUGGAGAAAGUCAAUCCAGCUCUAUUCCUUUCUAUGAGCUAGAAGAUCCCAUAUUACUUUUAAGUUAAUAUAAAAGCAAAAGGCCCUUUCAGUCCAGACUCCUAAACUUAAUUGCUUACACUAAUCAGAAAUACUAACAUGAACUCAGUACUUAAAACCUGCUUUGCAUAGAAGAAAUGCAAAGGUUUACAGAGUUUGCUAUUUUUUUCUACUUCUGGAUUUUAAAAUUUAUUCUUAUAUAGAAAGAAAGUUUCACGCGGAGUGACUCCUGUCAUAGCAGAAACCACUGUUAUUUUAGCAUUUAGCACUAAGAUAUUAUAGAAAGGUACCUUUUUCUCUUUAGUGCUAUUGUGAAAAAUGAAGCAUAAUUUGCUAUGUAUUUUUCUUGUUUUCAUCUUUUCAGUGUUGACUUUAAACCAUUGCAAUGAGAAACUAAGAUAUGUAGAAAGCUGUAGAUUGCACUUUGAUGACUCACAAGUUAAAUGUGACAGAGAUAGAUUGGUUUAGUAGUUUUGUGAUGCACUUAUUCUUUUUUCUAACUAAAUUGUUACCUGUUAUAGAAAGCCAUUUUGGCUCAGUUUUGUCUGAUGAUUGAACAUUCCCCAAACUUUUUGGAAUUGAUAAUUCUUAUUCUUUCUUGCUUGCUCAUUUGGCAGCAUCAGACAUUGGGGAGAUAUUUCCCCCGAAGUAUGUAUUCUAAUUUGAUUAGCAUAGUACAGUAAACACCAUUGCCAAAAUAGAGUUUUCAUAUCUUUCUUGUUGAUUUGGGCCUUGGUGUUAAGUAUAUUUAAUGGUGAGAAUUCACUUUUACUUUUUUACAUUUAGAUUUCAUUUACAAAAUUUUCUAUUUAAGCAAGGAACAAUAUAAUACUCAAUACUGACCCGAAACACAUUUGUGAAAGGGUUUGCACUUGUAAGAGAGCUUAUGUUCUACCUAGACCAACCUUAAUAGGGUCCUCACCUUUCCAUUAAGGAGGUGCUGCACUACAAGUCUGGAAUUAUAUAGAAAAAUUUUAAAUUAACCCUCUCCUGGUAAUCUCAUAAAAUGGUUUUGACGUUUUGGUAUUCUAAUUUCUAUCUAAAUCCUAGCAGAAAUUUUUCUUUGAAUAUAUAAACCAUUAGUUGGCUGUGGGAAUUUUCCCUUUCCACAUUGAUAAAUGCCUUUCUGUGUUUCUGAAUCAGAAGCAAAUGAUUAAGGAGAAAUAUAUGUCCAACAAGACAAGAUUAGUUUAAAUGGCUAAGAACAUUUAGUCCACAUUGUCUUGUCAGCCAGCAAUUGUCAUGUAAACUAUCAUUUUUAAGAGUGCCACUGUGUGGAUUUUUUUUCAAGUGGUUAUUACAUUAAAAUUACCUCAUACUGAGGUUUUUGCACUGAAAUAUCACAGUUUCAGAUUUCAUGGUUAAUGUUGUGUGUGUGCGUUUUUAAAGGAAAUUUGCAUUUUCAAUAGUUGAUCCUAAAUUCAUAAACUGAACUUCUUUACUCUGAUAAAAGUGUUUUUGUGCUUAUUGUGAAUUGCUGUAGUUAACUCUGAAUGUCAAACUUUAUUUA